AUGGAAGAUUAUGGUGUUGUUUGUUCAUCUCCGCCGUCAUCUCCACCAGGUCUUUUUUGGAAAUACCAAAUUUUUUUAGACUCAAUGGAUCUCAAACCCUUUAGACUUGACAUUGAUGACCUUAUCAAUGAGUUUGCAGAGGGUGAAAUGACUACAUUAACUGAUAUGAAGAAAAUAUGGCUUUCUAAAAAAUUCUCAUGCAUCUUUGAGGCUAAACCCAAUUCAAAAUUGGGUUUCUUUAUGCAAUCUCUCUAUUCCCAUUCCAUAGGUUACAUGGUAUCUAAUUCUUCUAUAUCACACAGAAUCGGAGGGCUUUAUUGUCUUUUCUGCCUACAUGAAACACAACCAUUCAAGCCUCCCUUCAGAAUCUAUUUGUGUGCACGAGAAAUCAAGAGACUUAAGGAACUUGUUGUUGAUGCAAAAAAAGAGAAUAUAGGAAUUGUAUCAAUUUUAGUGAAAAGUAUGCUAGAAAGGGAUUUAUUUCUAUAUGGAGCUACUGAUUUAAAACAAGGAUCUGUAGAAGAAAGGGUAAAUGAAUUAACAAAUUUACAAGAUGCACGUGUUCAACAUGCCAAUAAAAAGUUAUUUAAAGACACAGAAAUCGAACGUUACAUCCACAUGGACAUAGAUAAAGAAUUUGAUGUUGAUUCACUCAAGAAAAUGUCAAGAGAUUAUUCUUUGGCCAAAGAGCUAGCUAUUAAAGAAGCGGAAAAGGUGAUGGAUACACGUGAUAUAAAGCACAUUGCUGAAAACCAGAUAUUGAUUGGAGAUGUGAUUGGGAAAACAAGUGAAGAUUGGAAUGUUGAGAAAGAAAUGUUUUAUAAGAAAACUGGACACGUGGCAGAAAUCCAGAGCAAAGAACAACAAAAUGGAAAUGGAGAAGACUUUGAAGCGGUUGAGUUUAAUGAGAAUUCAGGAGAGGAAGAUUGUGUAAAAGAUGACUUUUAUCUCAUUCUCCCUCUGCACCAAAGUUUCCACAACCUCAACGAGCGGAAAAAAAAGUUGUUGAUUAAGAAGAGAAAUCAAAUGGCAACAUUUGAGUUGUAUCGUAGGUCAACAAUUGGAAUGUGUUUGACUGAAACUUUGGAUGAGAUGGUAUCAAGUGGGAUUCUUGGUCCUGAGCUUGCUAUCCAAGUUCUUGUUCAGUUUGAUAAGUCAAUGGCUGAAGCUCUGGACAAUCAGGUUAAGACCAAGGUCUCUAUUAAGGGGCAUUUGCACACGUACAGAUUCUGUGACAAUGUGUGGACAUUCAUUCUUCAAGAUGCUCUGUUCAAGUAUGAUGAAUGUCAGGAAAAUGUUGGAAGGGUUAAGAUAGUGGCAUGUGACUCAAAAUUGCUUGUUCAAUGAGAAGAUUAUGUGAUUUGGUAAAUUUUUAAGCUUAGAAUCAAUGAAUGAAUGUUAAUGAAUGAAAUAUUAUGGGGUUUGUUCCUCUGGUGUAAACUUAUUAUGGAACAGAGUGAAUUCCAUACAAUUUCCCCAUAAACUCACCC